UCCACAAUGUUAUCUCCAGUUCUUUUUGUUGUGUUUUUUUUAACUUUGUUUAAAUUUUCAUCGUUGAACGUACCUGUAACAGAACUCAAGAGACCUUACCCAAGAGAUUGCUCAGACAUUAAAGAGCGAUACUUUAGCAAAUUUCACACAAUAAAACCCGAAUAUGCUGAAGAACCCUUCGCAGUUUUAUGCGACUUUAAGAAUCCAAAGACUCACUGGACUUAUAUUUUGAACAGAUUUACGGGAAACCAAAGUUUUUUCAGAGACUGGGACAGCUACGUGAACGGAUUUGGCCAUCUUGCAGGAGAUUUCUGGUUAGGAUUGGAAAAGAUUUACCAGUUAACAGGCCACGAAAUUAACGAACUCUCCGUCGAACUUGUUGAUUGGCGGAACAGGGUGGCAACCGUGACUUACGCAGGCUUCAUGAUUGCCGGUAAAGACACCGAUUAUACUAUAAAACUGCUAACAGGAGCGCAUGGUGACGCCGGCGACAGUCUUUAUGACCAGUCUGGAUUGAAAUUUAGCACUAUAGAUAGAGACAACGACAUGUAUAAUGGCAACUGCGCCGAUGAGAUCAACGCGGGAUGGUGGUUCAGGAACUGUACAAGAGGUCUUCCUACUGGGACGUACUACCCAAGGGAUGCGCCAUUCGGAAAGCGUUACAAGUGCAUCUACUGGAGAACUUGGCAUAGAAAACAAUGCCUCCAGAAGGUGAGCAUGAAGGUGAGACCGCGACCACCGUAUCGUUCUCUCUACAAACGUCCUUAUUUCAAAAAAUUAGUUAGUUUCCCUAAAACAACACCCAGAAAUUAAACCUAAAUCUGAAUGUGUAUGUUUGUGAUAAAAAGUUAGU